AUGGCACAACCCUCGCCCACCACAGACCCAACUUCCUCCACCGUCCAGAAAGUGAAACGCAACCUGGUUCUGCGUUCCACCUGGGCCGAACUCAACGGCGCCAUGGGUGACCUAGGCACCUACAUACCCAUAGUCUUGUCCCUCACCCUAGCAAAAAACCUCAACCUCGGCACCACAUUGAUCUUCACCGGCUUCUACAACAUCAUCACCGGUGCCAUCUAUGGCGUCCCCAUGCCCGUCCAGCCCAUGAAGUCCAUUGCCGCCGUCGCCCUUGCCGACCCCACCUUUUCCAUUCCCGAGAUUAUGGCAUCUGGCAUCCUCACCGGAGCUACCCUCUUGGUGCUCGGCGUCACCGGACUCAUGCAGCUAGCUUACAAGCUUAUUCCCUUAUCCGUUGUGAGGGGAAUUCAGCUCGCACAGGGCUUGUCCUUCGCGUUGACCGCGGUCAAAUAUGUGAGGAAAGUGCAAGAUCUCCCAAAGUCCAAAUCUUUGGAGACAAGACACUGGCUUGGUUUUGAAGGGUUGGUUCUCGCUAUAAUAUGUGUUUGUUUUAUUGUUAUUGUAAAUGGUGCUGAUGAGGAUCAGGAUCGUCAUCGUCAGCAGCAUGAUGAGGACCAAGAACCAACAAGUCAGACUCAAGUUGGAAGUAAAAUGAGGACCAUCAGAAGGGUUUUUUUCUGCCUUCCUUCUGCUUUCUUGAUUUUUGUGCUGGGUGUGAUUUUGGCUUUUGUAAGAAGACCUAGGGUUGUGCAUGAGUUUAGAUUUGGACCCUCUUCUAUAGAGGUGAUGAAAAUGUCUAGACAGGCAUGGAGGCAAGGGUUUAUAAAGGGUACUGUUCCUCAACUCCCAUUGUCAAUAUUGAACUCUGUGAUAGCGGUUUGCAAGCUCUCAUUAGACUUAUUUCCAGGUAAGGAUUUUUCAGUGACAUCAUUAUCUGUAACUGUGGGGUUGAUGAACCUUGUGGGAGGGUGGUUUGGGGCCAUGCCAUGUUGCCAUGGGGCAGGUGGGCUUGCGGGGCAGUACAAGUUUGGAGGGAGGAGUGGUGGGUGUGUAGCAAUUCUUGGUGCAGCCAAAUUGGUGUUGGGCUUUGUGUUGGGGAGUUCUUUGGCUCACUUUUUCAACCAGUUUCCAGUGGGGAUAUUAGGGGUGUUGCUACUGUUUGCUGGGAUUGAACUAGCCAUGGCUUCUAGGGACAUGAACACUAAAGAAGAUUCCUUUGUUAUGCUUAUCUGUACUGCAGUUUCUUUGGUGGGGUCCAGUGCUGCUCUUGGUUUUUUGUGGGGGAUGAUUGUUUUUGUGCUUCUUAAGCUCAGGGAUUGGAUCAAUGGUAAACCACUUAAUGCUAUUUGGAAGCAUGAAGACCCCAAUGAACAAGUGUGA